AUGAGGCGGUCCAAUAGUAAGGAGUUGGAGAAAGAAAGGUUAACAUCCAUUGCUUCUGACUAUGUCGAUGAAAAAGUGAUCGAUGUCGAAGAAGUACAUUUAGAUGAUGAAUGGAUUACAGAAAGAGUUGGAGGUGUUGAUCCUGAUGGAGAUGAUGUUGUUGAGAUGGAUGGAGAUGUGGGAGGGGAAGAUGACACUCAUGGCUUUUUUUAUGAUGGUGAUCCUUUUGAUGAGAGUGAUGCUAGUGAGCAAGACAUAGAUGAAGAUGAAGAUGAAGAGAGGGAAAGAAGUAUGGAGAUGGUUGAUGAAGAUGAAAGUGAUGAUAAUGAGAGUGAGAGUAACGAUGGACUUGAUCCUAAUGUCAACCUUGAAAAUUUAAGCUAG